AACCCUGCAGCGGGACAACCCUGGCGUUGGGUGUCUCCCUCGGCCGCCCGCGCGCCCGUCGCCGGCGCCCACUGGCCAGCCCGGAGCGGAGGGCCAGCAGGCGCUCGGAUCGUGGGCGGCACCGAGCCAAGCCGCACCAGUGGCCCCACAUGGGGCCCUCUUCAUCGACGACGUGGUGUUCUGCGGUGGCUCCCUCCUCUCCGACCUGUGGGUGGUCACCGCUGCGCACUGCAUGGAUCGUUCCCUGUUCGUGGAGGUGGUGAUGGGCGCCCACAACAUCCAGGCGGCGGAGCCAAGCCAGGUCACGAUGACGUCAGAGAACAUCCUUGUCCACGAGGAAUGGGACAGCCACACGCUCAAAAAUGACAUCGCCCUCAUUCGAUUGCCAGAACCGGUGACUUCCAAUGAGUACAUUUCUUUCGUGGGUCUUCCCGACGCAGAUUUACCCUACGGAACGCCGGUCACUGCUACAGGAUGGGGAUUCACUUCUGAGGGUUCAACAGGCAUUUCGGACGUGUUGAACCAAGUCACGAUGAACGUAAUCGAACGCGAUGUGUGCGACGCCAUCUAUGGGGAACAAGGAGAAGGAUUGCUAUGCGUGGAUGCCAGCGGAGGAGGAAUCUGCGAUGGUGACUCCGGCGGGCCCUUGGUUCACGAAAACCGCAUCUACGGCAUCACGUCCUACGCCUCCGCCCUAGGAUGCUCUUCUGGCUGGCCCGAAGGAUUCACCCGCGUCCUUCACUACUUGGCUUGGAUUGAGGAACAUACGGGUCUUGCGCCAGGGAAUUUCCUUUGAAAAGCUGAUGUUUUUGCCGA